ACGAUAGAGACGCCGUACGCGUGCGCACUUUGACUAUGAACCACGUGAUCAGCGAAAGGCUGUGAUUCUAGCAGCUCUGCUUGUGCAAAAGAGACAGCUCGUGUCGCUUCCCGCGCGCACCACGGCCUUCGUAGCCAUGACCGUCGACUGCUGGAGUCCGCAGGACCCAGACUCGACGCACGCCAAUGGCUGCGUUGCCGAGGUCAAGCGCCCGAGCAGCUACCGCGCCAACAUGGGCUCCGCCGCAGUGGGCCCCGAUGGCAGGCUGAGCUGGGCCAUAGCCAUCACGUGCUUCGUGAUCAACUUCAUAUGUUCCUGCUUUUACCGUUGCACCGGGAUGUUCUUCAACUCCAUCAUGGACACCUUCGGGGCGAGCCGUGGCGACGCGUCCGUUCCAGUUUCCCUCUACGGGGGUUUCUACAACGUGGCCGGUGGCAAACGGUGGCAUUCAGCGUUUCUCCGUGGUGUGUAACAGCAACGAUGGCAAGGCGCCUGGCAGAAUCACCGUAGAAGUAGAUCCGAUCCGGGCUCGCGAAAGGCGGCGAUCGACAGCGAUCAGCGUUGCGAAAAUCACUGAAGUGCGGCAGAGCACUACUAUCAGCGUGACCCGACUUAUGGCCGCCGACGGGGUUAGGAGAGGAACGGCGUCAAGCGGGAAGGCCGACCGGGGCUUCUCGGCCAGCCUAUGUUCACCAACGUCCGAGAACCGUCCUUCCAUCGUAUCCAGACGAAGUAGUACGUUCGCCAGCAUCUUCGGCGAAGCAUCACCAAGCGAGGUGUCUUCCAUCGCCCCGACCGUUUCGCCAAAGUACGCCGCAAUGGAGAGAAGGGGAACCAUGAUGAGCGUCGCUGGAUCAAUCUUUGCGGCCAAACGGUUAUCGCUGAACGAGAGGGACCCGGUCUCGCGAAGAGGAACGGUAAUAAGCGUGAUCAGUCCAUCUGGACUUGGAGACCUGCAGAAGACGACUGUCGAGGUUACCGCGGUCGAAGCACCGUCCUCGGCCCUGAGCAGCCUCAAAGAAGUACUGUGCGCACCACGGAUGUAUUUCCACACCUUGAGCUUCUUCGCGUAUGCCUUCUUUAUGGACUCGUACCUCUCAGUCAUGUUCGAUCUCGGCGAGGACAUUGGCGUCCCGGUCAGCGAUUCAGUCCUCGCCCUGACGGUCCUAUCAGCCAUGGACACCAUCGGCCGGUUCUUCUUACCGUUCCUGAGCGACUACGGACUUACGUCGACAGCGUCGUUGCUUACUGCGUGCUAUCUCUCGCUUUCCGUCAUUUCGGCACUUAUACCGUUGGUCUCGGGAAAGCUUGUCUUUAUGGUCGUGUCUGCGAUUCUGGGACUCCCCGGAGGCUACAUCUAUGUUGGCACAUCCGAAAGCCUCUCUACAGAGCUGGGGACAAAGAACCUCCCAAUGGCCUACGGAGUGCUGGCACUCGUCACUGCCUCGGGAAGUUUUGCUCGGCCACCUGUAGUAGGUGUCUUCCGCGACAAGGUCGGCUCCUACGACGGACUAUUUCAACUGAUGGCAGGAAUGCUUGUCCUCGCGUUGCUCUUCAACAUCGGACUCUGGAUCAACGGUCGAUCACCUUCGAAAAAAAUCAGAACGGCAGCACCUGCUCAGGACGGUGCCGUGCAUGUCCCCACCUGCGAAUCCCUGCCUACUCUGAUUGAAAAGGCCGAAAGCACGUCGCUAUAGGGGCGCACAGACAUGGAACUCUGAGCACGGAACAAUUACGUAUACGACGAAGUGGCAGUGGUAAAUCAAAGUCACUGCGUUGCGCCCUCGUGCGCGUUGUUUGAAGAUUAGCAUGAUGGGAACAGUCAUAUCUCGUUGACCGACGCAAGUGUUGCCCCAUAACCGUAGACACACGUGAAUAAGUGUUCGUAAAUUUACUCAUACCGUUUAGGGAUGGGCGAUAGUCCGACGUGCGACUUCUGCACGUCUGUAUACCUUGAUACCUGUACAGUAUACCUGCAGUGAACGUGUACGACGUGCAAUGUCUCUCCCGCCAAAAAAUUUUGAACUAGCUUUAUUCGAGAAUCAUUUCCGAAAGAGUCUAGAAUACUGGGGCCCUGUCCACGUUCGUCGCUGGUGCCAAAAUCUAUUCAACUACUAUAGUUCAGUUUUGUAAGUCCACCGGCCUGAGUGACCGUUUUUAGUCAUCUUCUGCAUCCUCUUGUGUAGCACAGGCGCUCUCUCCUCACUUUCCCUUUUCUAUUAACACUUUUCAUUACCCCCAGUAGGGUAGCAAACCGGAUGCUCUUCUGGUUGACAUUUCUGUCUAUGUUAUCCUGCCUUCCUUUAACUAUCUCUCUCUCUCUCAAUAGAGACAUACUGAUGCACGGUAUUUUGUAGAAGCGAGCAGCGUGCUACCAUAACCGCAAUGUUCCAGGUGAUAGACAUAUGGGCCCUUAAGUGAACUAGGUCUGCAGUCCCCCUGAAUCAUUUCUAACUGAAUCUGGGCGACUGAGCAAAUGACGACGUUACAGCGUUAUACUUUCGGAGUGCAGUGCUACGUCGCACUUGGUACGAAGUUGCAAACCCUUAAUAAACAUGUUGUCAGAACGUUGUCAGCAACAUUCGAUUUUAAGUCCUGCUCGAUUUACUCGUCAAAGCAGUGGUAUUUUUCAAGAGCUUGUGACGCCGAAAGUAUGACUCACAGCUCUGCAACAUUUACUAAUGCGAAGCUCAUUCAGUCCAUUUACAUCUCGGGCUUUUACAAUACAAAUAAAAAGUUGUGCAGAAGCCAUCAGCGAUGAUUGUCAAUGUAAGCAAACAGCCGAACACAUCU